CUCAGCGUGACUGCGUGAAGCGAAAGGAAUGAACCUCGUGAAAUAACUCGUUAUCACUGAUAAGUGAAUAUUCGGAAAGUUCGUUGUUUCAGGCAGCGACCAUAUAUUGAUAUAACAACAGAAACUCGAACGACAUUGAGCAAAGAUGGCUGACAAGCCGGCGACACGGCUAACAGAUGAGGACAGACAGAAGCUGGCUGCAAAAAUGGAUAAAGAGCUGGAUGAAUACAUUGAUAAAUUGGCGAGUAAAGGAAAAUCUCCUUACAAGGAUGGAUUUUCACAAGAUAAUUGGGAAGAGGAAAUGGAGAAUCACCCUGCGUUCAUGACGAGACAGCUGAACGAGGAUGAGGAACUACCGAGCCUAGUGGCAGCGCUGCAGGCACUGAAGUACGACGAGGACGACACACCCGAAGAAAUGGCUUUGCAGUAUAAAGAUGAUGGCAAUGUGAACUUCAAGGCCAAGAAAUACAAGAGGGCCAUCGACUGCUACGCAGAGGCAAUCAAGCAAAGAUGUCCGAAUGUGGAGUUGAAUACUAUUCUGCACACAAAUAGGGCAGCUGCACAUUUUCAUAUAGGUAAUAACAGGUCUUCCUUGAAGGAUUCUAUUAUUGCCAGGAAGCUGAAACCAGACCACAUGAAAGCUAUUGUUAGAGGUGCUCAGUGUUGUGUGGAACUUAAACUUUACGUGGAAGCUCUGCGAUGGUGCCAUGAUGGUCUAACAAGAGACCCCAGUGAGAAAACACUACUUGAUCUAAAAGUGAAGGCUAACAGAUUGCUGAAAGUGAUGCAAAAAGACCAACGGAAGAAAUUGGCUAAACAAAAAAAGGAGAGGGCACAAGAACUGGUACUGAUCACUGCAAUAAAGGAGAGAGGAAUUAACCUCAGCAGCCAGCAGCAGCAGCAGCCAAACAACGAUGAUUGUGACGAUGACGACGGCAACGACAGAAUAGACCCACUGCUCGCCAACCUAGAAACCCACUAUCCGUCAGGGAUCAAAGUUCAUCUCGACGAAAAUGGCGCCCUCAACUGGCCCGUGAUGUUCAUGUACCCAGAGUACAAGGAGACGGAUUUCAUUGAGGUGUUUAACGAGAACUCCCGAUUUAUUGACCACCUGGAAGUGAUGUUUAACAGUGAGAUUAGAAUUCCAUGGGAUUCGGAAAAUAAGUACAAUUCUGCCAACAUUCAGGUAUAUUUUGAAGACCGGGAUGAACAGAAGCUGUAUAAUGUGGACAAGGCGUCAAGUUUAAGAGAGACCUUACAGCACAAGAAGCAUGUUGUCUACAAUGGAACACCGUGCUUCAUUCUUCUUGUCGAUGGAUCAGCAUUUGGAAAACAAUUCCUGGACAAACACAAGUUGUAGCUAAAUCGUUUUAAUGGAUUGAAUAAACACAUAAUUAUUAAACAAAA